CAAGAUUGCCAUGUUGACUGACCAGGAGCUUGACAAACUGCAAAAGCUGCAGGAACUACUUGAUCCUUGCAGAUAUGUGACUGAACUGCUGGGGGGAGAGCAGUAUGUCUCCUGUUCAGUGGUCUUGCCAGCCUUACGCCACUUGUUCAGAGUUAUGGAGCCCUCAGACGAUGAUCCAGUUUAUGUUCUGAGGUUCAAGAAUGCCUUUACCACAGACCUAGCUCAACGGAAGGAUAGCACCAACCUUAGAUGGCUGAAGAUCUCUACUGCCCUUGACCCUAGGUUUAAAGACCUUAAGUGCCUUCCAAAAGAUGAAAGGAGUGAAGUGUGGGCUUCAGUACGUGAUCUGAUGAGAGAGACAUGUGCACAACAACCACCUGCUGAGACAACAGAGGAGCCAUCACCAAAGAAGAGGAGGACGUCCAUCUUGCUGGGUUCUUCUGAUUCAGAUACAGAUGAUGAGGAGGAGUCCAUAGAGCGUUGUCUGGAUCGCUACAAAGUAGAGCCAAAAAUGGACAUAGAGGGAUGUCCACUACAAUGGUGGUCAAAGAGAGAGGGAGCACAUGCCAGGCUGGCAUCCAUUGCACGCAAGUACCUGUCAACCCCUGCAACCACAGUGCCUUGUGAGAGGUUGUUUUCACUCUCAGGCCACAUCAUUCAAAAGAAGCGAGCUUCUUUGACCCCUGAUAACGUAAACAAACUGGUCUGCCUCAAUAACUGGCUGCAUCUGAAGAAGUAAAUAAUUGUUAUGGAUUGAAAAAUGUUCAGUGUUCAAUGUUCUGAAAAACAGUGUUUCCUCAUUCUGGCUUUUUUUGUAUUUGUGCACGUGCACUUUAAGCCAAUAAAAUGAAUGAAU